UCCGACCGCGGCGCGGUGCCAGGCCCCGACGCGCCGGUGCCGCAGGGCUUCCUGGAGAACCUCAGCAAGCUGAAGAGCCUGCUGACCCAGGUCCGCGCCGAGGACCUGAAUAUCGCCCCGCGCAAGGCCACGCUGCAGCCGCUGCCGCCCAACCUGCCACCCGUUACCUACAUGCACAUCUACGAGACGGACGGCUUCAGCCUCGGCGUGUUCCUGCUCAAGAGCGGCACGUCCAUCCCGCUGCACGACCACCCGGGCAUGCACGGCAUGCUCAAGGUGCUCUACGGCACCGUGCGCAUCAGCUGCCUGGACAACGGCCCCUGCGUCCUCACGCCGCACCGGGACAACCUGCACCAGAUCGACGCUGUGGACGGCCCCGCCGCCUUCCUGGACAUUCUGGCCCCACCCUACGACCCCGACGACGGCCGGGACUGCCACUAUUACCGGGUGCUGGAACCCGUCAGGGCCAAGGAGGCCCCCGGAUCUAGCUGUGACCUGCCCCGAGAGGUGUGGCUCCUUGAGACCCCGCAGGCCGAUGACUUCUGGUGUGAGGGGGAGCCCUAUCCAGGUCCCAAGGUCGUCCCUUGAAGCCGCAGGCUCCCAGAAGCCGUGCCCUGCUCAGAUCUGGGCCUGGCUGCCAGCGACCACAAGGGCUCUCUCCCUACCCCCCGGCUGCCUGGGCAUUGGAUCGACUGGAGUGGGCUGUAGCUGCUUCCUCGGGAACCUUGGGAAUCGUGGACGACUGGACUUCAGCCACGGGGCACGGUUAUGGGGGCGGGGGAGGCUAGGUUGUUUCCUGGCUCUGUCACUGCCACCAGGGUUUUGAUUUAGGGGGAGGGAGAGGGGGAGGGCAGCAGGGGACUCUCUGAAGUGCUUCCAUCCUAAAGCCAUAAUGAAAAUAUUCUUCCCUCUGUUCCCAUUCUAUACAAAAUACACUGAAAGGUUUUCUCUUCCCCCAUCGCCCCCGCCCUGGGUAAAUAGGGUUUGUUUUCCACUUAUGUCCUAUGCCCUUUACUCCUUAUUAUAGUUUUAACUUAUUGACUGUGCAUGACCCAGUGGUUUGAAUUGUUUUUAGUUCAAGACAUUGGUUAAAAACUAGGCUUAAAGAGAUGAGCUACUGUUUAAAGUGAGCUGCCCUGCCUGAUUAAUUUGUUGUGAAAAUUAAAUCAUUUUUCCAGAGUUGGGGGAUGGAUCAUCCCCAAAACAUAGCUAUGCAUGCAGAGGACAAGAUUUUCUUUCCUCCCCUUGCCCAGUAGCCACAUCUGGUUUACUCCGGCAGCAUCUACUAAGAAAUUCAUACCUGCACAUAUCAGUGACAAAUUGUCACAUGGAGGUUACCUUCCCUAUGGAGUCUCCAGAUCUGUGAGUUGAGCAGAUUUCUUGUUGCAGAUUCACCUUUAAUGCAAAAAUUAUAUUAUCCUCAAGUGACUUCUUUUGUCAUAGUCUAAGAGAUGGUAGGGUAAAUCUGUAUUUUCUAACCAGAAGAUUCAGAGGCACUGAAUCAGUAUGCUUCCAGAUAACUGAAUGUAAAACACCCCUAACCAGCUGUUGAAUUCCAUGUCCCUGUUUACUUGUAGUAUUUUCCCGCAAAAGUAGAGAAAAAUGUUGAUGACUAUUUCAAAUUCUCUCAGCCCUAAUGUUCCAGAGGGCUGGUAGUUACAGCUGUGUUGGUGGCCCUGUUCUCAGAACCCUCUCCCUCUCACAGGAGAGCCAGUGCUUACUUCAUCUAGUGUGGUUUUCUAUUGGAAGAGAGAGAAGGCACUAGUGAUCAAGGCUACAGAAUUAACUAUCCUGCUGGCCAUUUCAGGGCACCAAAAGUUGGGGCAAAACUUGCCACUCCCAGCCUCUUGAACAGUUGUGCUGUUACUAGUUUUAUAUUUGUCCUUUUAAUAGGCUGAGCAACUUGACUUUGUUUACAAACACAUUGACACCAUUUGCUUCAGGCCAUGAAGCACUAUUGUUUCCCCCUUUUUACUAUUUAUAGGAUUCCUUUUUUCAUAAACUUUUAACAAAAACAUGCUGUAGAAAUAAACACAUUAAAAUUUGCCCAGCUGUCUUCUAAGCCCUCUUGAUUGACUUGCCCAUGUGGCAGUCCAGUUCUAAUAUCUGUAAUAAAGGGAGAUUUACUAUUGGUGAAAAGUGUGGACCCUGUAGGAAAACAGUAUGUGCCUUGCCUUUUUAUGCAUACUGGGUUACAGAGGCCCAGAGUAAAGGAAUAUUUGUUCCCAAUUUUUAAAAUAGAAUGAAAAGGCAAAUCCUCAAUGAUUUUUUUUUUUCUUUACAAAAAGGAUGCUUAUUCAAGGUGACAUGCCACUAUGUUAUAAAUCCUGACACAGGCAUAAGGCCAAGAAUUUUCUCCAGGGUUACUAACAUUGCUUUAUGGUAGCUUCAUAUUCUGAUGUGGUUUAAUAUAACCUGGGGGCAGUUUGAAGCAGUUCUUCAUGCAUUCAGUUCAAAAAGAAGUUCUAGAUGUGCAAACGAUUUUUCUUAGAAAAAUGUUUACCAAAUGGAUGUUUUUCAUAGCACAGUAGGAGUGUGUUUAGUUAUCAGUCACAUACCUACCCACCUGAAUUAUAUUGUAGCAAAAAGUUAAGACCAGUUAAGAUUAUGGAUAGUAAUGUGUAUGUUAUAAUACAACCUGGAGUACAUUAAACUGACUAUAAGAAAUCAUCCAGGCAAUAGGACAGUAAUAAAGAGAUAUUUUUUUCCAAACUUCAUUAUGAAAAGUGUUAAAGUUCUAAAGUACAGGCAAGUUGAAUGGGAAAAAACUAAGGUGCUUUUCAAAAAAAUAACUGAAAUUGUUGCAGGCCAAAACAGCAAUAUCAUAUUUCUAGUUUAGUUCAAAAGGAACAGUGAAACUUUUGGUUCACUAAUAAAUUCUGAAUAAAUUAAUGGUGAACACAAAAUGUAACCUGUUUUAGUGAGCCACUGAGAAAAGACUCUUCUUAUUACAAAGACAAAUGUGCAGAAAAACCUUGCACCUUUCUGCAUGAACUUAGGACUGACUUCAUGUGCUGCUAUUGUGUUCCCAUGUAUUCCUGCAAUAUAGACUGUUUUAGUAACAACUGUGGGAAAAAGUUGUCUUCCCUACAAAGACUAAUGAGCACAAUGGUACUAAUCACUUAAUUUUCUAUUGAAUAACAUGCAAUAAUUGCCUCUCACAGGUAAGAAGUUCUCUGUCUACUUUUAAAGCUUUUUAAUUUUCUGGUUAUAUCCAUGGCCACUUAUAUGAAUGGAGAGUAUUGUGCACCUAUGUACUACUUUGAGAAUUGAUUUUUUACUAAGCCUGAUUUGCACAAAUUGAGUUUAUACCAAUUGCUGUUUAUUAACAAAAAUGGUGAGCCUAUUUUUAAAGUAAUAUGUGUUUGUCAACAGGAGUGGGUUCUCUGACCUUUUAACACUUACAUCACUUAACUUCUCCCAAAAUCUCCACCUUUUAUUCCUCCUUUUGCAUUGUCCCUUUGUAGGUACCUCAGUCUUGGCACCCCAAGAGGACUCUGUUAUCUCUUAUCUAUUCCAAAUGACUUUGAACCUUGUGCUAUUGCUCUACUGCUUGAGGGAGAAGCAAUAUAUCUUUAAUUCAGGGCUCUGCCCACUGCUAUUCAACUCUAACCUGAGGGCAGUAACACUCCUGUAACUCUCCUGGUCUGAACUCAGGACCAUUGAUCCCUUUAGUGCAAUGAGGCAUCUAUUGUCAAAGAGGGAUAUCAUUUGUUAAGCCCCAUAUAAAUACUGAAUUUUCAGGUCCAGGGAUGUUUACGUUUCUGGGUUAAAAUCAGAGUACUUAUGGAAAAUAAAGGCAUGUUUGAAAUUGC